CUCUGCACCAUGUUUCGCAUCCAGGCUUCGCUCCGUCUGACUUGCCGGCAUGCAAGGACACUGGCUACGCACGCGCCCCAGCCACAAGCGUUGACUGCAGCGGUGCGUCAUGACUGGCAGAAGACAGAAAUCCAGAAGAUCUACGACACCCCCCUCCUCGAGCUGGUCUUCCGGGCGGCUGCGAUACAUCGGCAACACCAUGACCCAAGCAAGAUCCAGCUGUGCACGCUGAUGAACAUCAAAACCGGCGGAUGUUCGGAGGACUGCUCGUACUGCUCGCAAUCCUCGAGAUACUCGACACCAACCACGGCAUCGCGUCUGCUUGAAGUAGAGCCCGUGCUCGAGGCAGCGCGAAAAGCCAAGGCGAACGGGAGCACGCGGUUCUGCAUGGGCGCUGCAUGGAGAGAUCUCGCAGGUCGCAAGCGCGGCUUCGAGCGCAUCCUGCACAUGGUCCGGGAGGUCCGGGGUAUGGGUAUGGAAGUGUGCACCACACUGGGAAUGCUGUCCCCCGAGCAAGCGCGGCAGCUGAAGGAAGCGGGCUUGACUGCGUACAACCACAACCUUGACACGUCGCGAGAGUUCUACCCGGAGGUUAUCACGACGCGUUCGUACGAUGAGCGCCUGGACACCAUCUCCGCGGUGCGAGACGCAGGAAUCAGCGUCUGCUCUGGAGGCAUUCUAGGCCUCGGCGAGACCGAUAAAGACCGCGUCGGACUCAUAUGGGAAGUGUCCAGCAUGCCUGAGCACCCUGAAUCGUUCCCCGUCAACGCCCUGGUACCCAUCGAGGGCACACCACUCGAAAACAAUGAGCCUAUCCCGUACCACACGCUUCUGAGAACCGUCGCGACGGCCCGUAUCGUCCUGCCCCAGACCAUCAUCCGCUUGGCUGCCGGCAGACAGACGCUCGACGAAUCGAAGCAGGCGAUGUGCUUCAUGGCUGGUGCUAAUGCCAUCUUUACGGGAGAGCAAAUGCUUACAACACCGUGUUCACCAUGGGAUGAAGAUAAGGCGAUGAUGGACCGCUGGGGACUCGAGGGCAUGCAGAGCUUUGAGCAGGUCAACGUUGCGCGCAAGGAGGGGGACCGGCUAGAAGACAUCCCCGACGCCAAGGCUGCCAACACAGACGCGUAAGGCAACGGGGCUUCUCCUCGGGUGAUGUCGAUGAGACGAUAAGCAUCUGGGGCGACCUGCAACGGACAGGAGUAACGAUGUACGACUGCGAUAUGUAGCAAUUGAGAGACGUAGACCCAGCUAGGAUAGAGGUUUGCCGUCAAGACAAUAUAAUGUAUCUCUAGCUGCUACGGUUGACUGAUGGCACUCCAGUA